AUGAUAGAGGUUUCAGUGUGCCUCGUUACAGAAGAAGUUGAAUGGAAUGUGGUGGAGGAUUUAGUGAAAGGAAACUCACAUAUAGGAAUGCAAACCAAAAUUGAAAUAGAGGACUGGAAUCAUCAUAUUAGCAGCAUGAGACGAUAUAUUGAGUUAGAAAUUGAACAUGGGAGGCCACAAAAAUUGUUUAAAAUUGUGAUCAAGAUUAUUGUGGCACUAUUCACUGUAUUGGAAAAGUUUUUGGAUAUAUUUAUUGCAUGGUUGCCGAUGUAUGGAGAGGUGAAGUUGGUGUUCUUUGUCUACAUGUGGUAUCCUAAAACUAAGGGAACAAGUUAUAUAUAUGAGACGGUGUUGAGGCCAUAUGUAUCGAGACACGAAAAUGACAUUGAUAGAACAUUACAAGAAUGGAAAGCUAGAGGAUGGGAUUAUGCAAUAUUUUACUGGCAAUAUUGUGCACAAUUUGGACAUACUGCAUUUGUUCAGUUUCUUCAACAAUUGGCUUCUCAAUCUUCUAAAUUUACCACCAAGUCCAAUAUUCCCGUAAACUCUCCCUUUUAA